UCGUUGCUGUCAUGUCAAAUCUUUCCAACAGAAGGCGGAGCAAACUGGAAGAUUCACUAGACGUUUCCGAGGGUGCUGCCAAGGCAUCCGGUGUAGCUUACCUCGGUAAAGUCUUCUCUGCCCAUACCACCGGACCCGAUGGUCAAGAGGGCCACCAUAUCCAUCAGCAUAUUGGCAAACCGAGCUCAAUUGAAGAGAAGGACACACCUAGACCCCCAAUCAUAUCAACAAGUUCUUCCUCUUCAACUUCGUCAAAGUCAAAAAGAAAGUUCCAUGAAAAAAGAAGAGUUGUCUUCAUCUUUGGUGCCUUCCUUGGGCUAUUUCUCACCAUUGGCUAUAGUACCUACUACAAUCCCUCAAUCAAGAACGAGAUAGACAAGAUUGUAAGGAUAGAUCGAUUCAACGAUUUCUUUGAAGACUGGAAGGAUUGGAAGGAUAUUUUACCAGUAGGCUUGCAGAGCAUUUUGAGUGAACAAUUGGGCCAGAAGGAUGAUGCUUUACAAUAUUCGCCAGAUUCUUUUUCGGUAGGAAGACGCUUGGCAGCUACAAUGAACUUGACCCUGGAAUAUAACGUUCUUUUGGUGCCGGGGGUCAUCUCCACUGGAAUUGAGUCCUGGGGAGUCUCUACCGAAGGGGAUUGUCCUUCCAUUAGCCACUUCCGGAAACGGCUCUGGGGCUCCUUCUAUAUGCUCAGGACCAUGGUUCUAGACAAGAAGUGCUGGUUGAAACAUAUAAUGCUUGAUCCGGUGACAGGAUUGGACCCUCACAAUAUUAAGAUGAGGGCUGCUCAGGGUUUCGAGGCCGCAGACUACUUCAUGGUGGGCUACUGGAUCUGGAACAAGAUUCUUCAGAACUUGGCUGUCAUUGGAUAUGGACCCAAUACUAUGCAAGUUGCCUCUUACGACUGGAGAUUGGCAUUUCUAGAUUUGGAAAAGAGAGACGGCUACUUUUCUAAGAUUAAGAGCCAGAUAGAAGUCACCAAGAACUUGAAUGGUAAAAAGUCGAUUAUAGUCGGCCAUUCUAUGGGAGCUCAGAUUUCCUACUACUUCUUGAAAUGGGUCGAAGCAGAAAACUACGGCGGAGGUGGUCCAAAUUGGGUUAAUGAUCACAUUGAAGCUUUUGUAGAUAUCUCCGGUUCGACUCUUGGAACACCCAAAACUAUUCCGGCUCUUCUUUCAGGUGAAAUGAAAGAUACAGUACAAUUGAAUGCUUUGGCAGUCUACGGUUUAGAACAGUUUUUCAGCAGGAAAGAACGUGUAGACUUAUUGCGGACCUUCGGAGGAAUCGCAGGCAUGCUCCCUAAAGGAGGAUCAACUAUAUGGGGAGAUUUAGAACGAGCUCCAGACGACGAUAUUUCAGAUUACUCUGAAGAUGUAGAAGGUGCAAUUAAGAAGAACAACGAUUCAUUUGGAAAUUUUAUCAGACACAAGAAGAAAGACGGCACAGUACUGAACUUCACUAUUGAACAAAGUAUCGACAUGUUACUCGAUGAGUCUCCAAAUUGGUAUAAAGAAAGAGUAGAACAUCAGUAUUCGUAUGGAAUUGCAAAGACAAAGGAGGAGCUUGAAAGAAACAACAAGGAUCACCUGAAGUUCUCCAAUCCUUUGGAAGCGGCAUUGCCAAACGCUCCAGACAUGAAAAUCUUUUGCUUCUACGGAGUGGGAAAACCUACCGAGAGGGCCUACAAUUAUGUGGAUGCUGAUCUGCAGACCGGAUUGCACAAGGUGAUUGAUCCUGAUGCCGAAACGCCUGUGUAUCUAGGCGAUGGUGAUGGUACUGUCUCUCUCUUGGCGCACACUAUGUGCCACGAGUGGAAGAAGGGUUCAGAGCUGAGAUACAAUCCUAGUGGAAUCCCGGUGACUAUCGUAGAGAUUAUGAAUGAACCAGAUAGGUAUGACAUCAGAGGAGGAGCCAAGACUGCCGACCAUGUGGAUAUUCUUGGUAGUGCCGAGUUGAACGAAUUGGUUUUGCGGGUGGCUGCAGGUGUAGGCGAUGGCAUUGAAGACCAUUACGUUAGCAAUCUUCGUUAUAUAGCAGAGAAGAUGGCUAUCUAGACUACGAUAGAGUAUUUGCACUAGACUCAAUAGAUAAAUGCGACUGUUAAAGUCUGUAAACCAUGUUAUAUGUCUAGAAAUAUAUGUUUGGUGAAUG